AAAUUGUACAAGCGAUGCUCAAGCUGGGAGUCGCGGUCCCCACUCGUUGGUCCCUUAGAUGGCGUCACCUGGUAAUGGCUGGGAUCAGAGGCGAGGCAAAACUCUCUGUGGGCAUGGAGAAGAUCAACAGACAGCAGGAGCAGGAAGAGAAGCAGCCGGAAGUAGACGCCACUGAAGACUCUCCAAGGAGGCAGAGAAAUGAGAGUGUGCUGAUAAAUCAUGCCAUUCACGAGAUAAAACACAGGCCACUGGAGGUACCCACCAUAAUCGGCGACGAUCCCGUUUAUACCAUGGAUAAGCAGCAGGUCCCUUGCCCGCAUCACCUCAAGACGAAUCUGGCCCAUGUGUUCUAUGCCAACCGCAAGCAAAUCGAGACGGCAAUAAGGUCGGCUCUUUCGACACAGGGAACUUGGAGUUUGGUACCCAUUGCAGAGCGCCUGGCCAUUUGGCGCCGGGCGGCGGAUAUUAUCCAGGAGGAUGAGUUGCGGUUACGAGUGUUCCUGAUGCUGACCCUCAGCAAAACGUCCGAUGAUGCAACGCGGGACAUAAGGAGACUGCUAAGCUCGCUUAGGGCAAAUGCUGAUUACCUAGAGCACCUGUCCGAACUGCGCUUCGAGAUCCAGGGCGAUAUGAACGUCUUCCCCAGCUUCCAUCUGCGACCCAUGGAUGGCUUUGUGGCUGCACUGGCGCCAUUUGAAUCUGUCGCCCUGUCCACCAGUUUGGCCCUCUGUCCGGCUCUCAUGGGCAAUACGGUGCUGUGGAAUCCCUCAUUGGAGGUGGCACCAGCCAGUUUUCUCAUCCAUCGGGCCUUCCAGGAGGCGGGCCUGCCCAGCGGAGUGGUCAACUUUGUGCCGGCCAACGAGCGUCUGUUUCUGGACACAAUCACGGAUGCCGUCCACUUUGCCGGUCUGAAUACCCAGGGCAGUGCGGCUGGUUACAGGCAUGUGCACAAGCUGGUGAGCGAUCGGAUGGAGCGAUACAUCUGUUUUCCUCGGCUCGUGGCCGAGUGUCCGGGUCAGAACUUCCAUUUUGUCCAUGCCAGCGCCAAGGUGGAGUCGGUGGUAACGGCUACCAUCCAGGCGGCAUUUGGAUUUGCCGGUCAGUACGCCAACUCUCUGUCCAGGAUGUAUGUGCCCUCAUCCAUGUGGCCGAGACUCCGUGAAGAGUUGCUGGAGGCCACAAAGCAGUUGACCGUUGGAGAUCCCGUCGAGCCGGAAACGGAUAUGGGGGCAUUGGUAAAUAUAGAGGGAUUUCACCGGAUGCAGAGACUCGUGGAGCGCACUAAGAGCAUGGAGGUGUUAUGCGGAGGCAGCUGCGACGGCAACAUUGGUAGGUUUGUCCAGCCAACGAUUGUCCGGGUGGUGGAUCCCUUAGAUCCCCUGCUCUGUGAGCCCUGCAGCGGACCCUUUUUGCCCGUGUUCGUCUACGCAGACGACUCCUUUGGGGAAGCCCUGAAGCUGGCUGCCAACCAGUCUAGAUACGCACUCUCCGGCUCCAUCUUCGCCAGCCGAGACGAGGUGAUCCUGCACUGCCUCAACCAGCUUCGCAUGUCCGCCAGCAAUCUCUACGUGAACGAGCGUUGCACCGGAAGCCAAUACGGAUUGACUCCGUUUGGUGGCAACAGGCUGUCCGGGACAAACGAUAAGUCCGGAUCGGCCUACUUCCUAAUGCGCUGGAGCUCUCCGCUGCUAAUCGAGGAGACUGUGGUGGGGCCAGUCCCGUCGCAGGGAUCCAAGAAGUUUCCUUAAACCUGCUGAUGGGACGGGGAUACUUAAAGAAGUGCAAUAAAUGUAUGUUUCUUAGGGCAUUCAAUUUGGCUACUACAACAAGUUAGUUGGUGAAUAA